GCCUGAAUGGGAUCACUAAAUAAAAAUAAAAGUGCGGCCCAUAUGGCAGGGUAGUGGUGGGUGAAGGAAGAAGGCAGGGAGAUGGGGGUGUUGGGAUGCAUAGGGGUGAUUUCCCCGUUCCCGUUCUACUACUGGCUCUGGACUCGUCCUCAAGCAUGGGUGGAUCUUUGCGGGGAACUGCGAGAUCCAUCUCACGCCAUGGCCAUGGUUUCUCACGCGCUCAAGCUCCUCCAGUUCCUCUCCCUUCUCUCCGUCUCCUCGCUUUCUUGGCCCCCGCCUUUCUACUUCUGGCCUCUCUUCUCGUUUGGUCAGUUCCUCAACUUCAGGGUAUACCAAUUGUUAGGAGAGUCAGGGACCUACUAUGGUGUUCGGUUUGGGAAGAACAUUCCGUGGGUGACACAGUUUCCAUUUGGAGUCAUAAGGGAUCCACAGUACGUUGGUAGCAUAUUAAGCCUUAUCGCUUGUUUGUCAUGGGUCCCUUUCUCGUAUAUCCUCCUUUGGAUCCUCGGCUAUGUGUUUAUGAUUUAUGCAGAGUCUAAGGAAGAUCCAUCAACUCGUGCUAAGCCAUUGAACCAAAACGAUGUAAGGAACUAGUUAUGAGGCGUGGCCGCGUUUAAGGUGACAAAGAGUUUCUUGAAACACUACAGUAGUAUAUUAAUUGCAAAGGCUGGGUUUUGUGUUGGUUUAACAUUUCUUUUUGCCAUUCUUUUUAUUAUCCGAAAAUUCUACCAUCGUCUUGUUACUAGGGAGAGGUUGAGCCUAUCUUUUAACCAUUUUUAGCAAUUUAUACAUAUUCGUGAGCCUAUCUUAACAAAUGUGAAGUAUAUGUAAUAUUGAUAUCCUUUUCCUUUCUUUCUCAAGCAAGAAAUAAAAAUAGUAGAAUAGCUAACACUACUUUUUUAAUAAAUUUAGAGUGACCAACACUAUUUUG